UUGUUAGUUCUGGUAAGCUCUGAAACUUGUCUGAAAAUCCCAAAGAAAUCGAUUAUCUUUCUCUCUCUUUCAAUCUGAAUUCAACAAGACCGCAGCUGACCCACCCGUCCUCCUGCCUGCCUGCCCAUGGAUCCCCCGCCUCUCAUCGACUUAAACGACGACGUCGUGGACGUCGUUUCCUCAGCCACUUCCCACUCUUACACUGACCCCUUCGGCACCAAAAUCUUCGACCGCUACUUCUCCUCCUCCUCUUCUCCGACAAAAUCAAGAUCCUCCUACUCCUCAGACGACGACGAUUCAUCUCAGCCGUCCAAUUCCACCAUCAAACGCCUCGACUACACGAUGCAAUUCUUAGACCGGAAGCUCCACCUCAACGAAGGCGGCGGCAAUAACAACAAACAUUCUUCUUCGUCAUCGACUUAUCUUCCGGAGUUCAUCGCCAAAGGCGGCGAAAUUCCCAUGUUUAAACCGCCGCUGCGGGCGGCGGUGCAUCCUGGGCGGCCGCCGAGUUUAGAGGUGCGGCCGCAUCCGCUGCGGGAGAGUCAGGUGGGGUGUUUCUUGAGGACGAUUGUGGGGACGGAGAGGCAGCUGUGGGCCGGGGGAGAGAAUGGGGUGAGAGUGUGGGAGUUUGGGCAGCUGUAUGAGGAGAGUGAGAGUGAGUGUGAGAGUGGGACAGCGCCGUUUAGGGAGUCAGUGAAGGGAUUGCCCGGGGUGACGUGUAUGGUUGGGGAUGAAGGGAGUGGAGCUGUGUGGAGCGGGCAUAAGGAUGGGAAAGUUCGGUGUUGGAAGAUGAAGAUGAAUGGGUUUGAUGAUGGGUUUCGAGAGGCAUUCGCGUGGCAGGCCCAUCGGGGGCCCGUUCUUUCUCUUUGCAUUUCUUCUUAUGGGGAUCUGUGGUCAGGUUCUGAGAACGGUAGUAUAAAGGUAUGGAUGUGGGAAGUAAUUGAAAGAGCUCUAUUUCUACCAGAAGAGAAAAGGCACAUAGCUGCUUCAACAGUGGCGAGGUCAUUUAUUGACCUCAGGAGCCAAGUUGCUGUAAAUGGAUUCAAUAGUAUAUUAACUUCAGAUAUUAAGAACUUGUUAUCUGAUAAGUGUAGAGCAAAAGUGUGGAGUGCUGGAUUUCUGUCAUUCGCUCUGUGGGAUGCUCGUACAAGGGAGUUACUGAAAGUAUUCAAUGUAGAUGGUCAGAUUGAGAAUCGAGUGGAUAUGUCAUUAGUACCGGAUUUUGCAAUGGAAGAUGAGGUCAAGAUGAAGGUUGUCACUAGUUCAAAGAAAGAUAAAAUGCAGGGUUCCUUUGGUUUUUUCCAACGUUCACGUAAUGCCAUAAUGGGAGCAGCUGAUGCUGUUCGUCGCGUAGCAGCAAAGGGUGGCUUUGGAGAUGAUACUCGAAAAACUGAGGCAAUGGUCUUGACGAUUGAUGGAAUGAUUUGGACUGGAUGUGCAAAUGGCUUAAUUGUGCAAUGGGAUGCAAAUGGAAUUCGCUUGCAAGAUUUUCAGUAUUGUUCUUCUGCUGUUCAAUGUUUAUGUACCUUUGGGUCAAAGAUAUGGGUAGGUUAUGUGAGUGGAGUUGUCCAGGUAUUGGACCUUGAGGGUAAACUGAUUGGAGGAUGGGUAGCUCACAGCAGUCCUGUGAUAAAAAUGGCUAUAGGCGCUGGUUAUGUUUUCACCUUGGCUAAUCAUGGUGGUAUACGGGGUUGGAAUGUCACAUCCCCUGGAUGUCUUGAUAAUACAUUGUCUUCAGAGUUGGCUGGAAAGGAGUUUUUAUAUACACGGAUAGAAAAUUUGAAAAUAUUGGCUGGUACAUGGAAUGUUGGACAAGGGAGAGCUACUACUGACUCACUUAUAUCAUGGCUGGGUUCUGCAGCUUCAGAUGUUGGCAUUGUUGUUGUUGGAUUGCAAGAAGUUGAAAUGGGUGCUGGUUUUCUUGCUAUGUCUGCUGCAAAAGAAACUGUAGGACUUGAGGGGAGUGCUGUUGGACAGUGGUGGCUGGAUGUGAUUGGAAAAACAUUGGAUGAAGGGUCAACUUUUCAACGUGUUGGUUCUAGACAGCUGGCAGGAUUACUUAUUGCUGUGUGGGUUAGAAAUGAUCUUAGAGCUUAUGUUGGAGAUGUUGAUGUUGCAGCAGUUCCAUGUGGGUUUGGGCGUGCUAUUGGUAAUAAGGGUGCUGUUGGCUUAAGAGUUAGAGUGUAUGAUCGGGUCAUGUGCUUUGUCAAUUGUCACUUUGCUGCGCAUUUAGAAGCCGUUAAUCGUCGUAAUGCUGACUUUGAUCAUGUUUACCGGACAAUGAACUUUUCCCGACCAUCUAACCUUUCCAGUGCCUCAGCUGGUAUGGUGCCAUACCUGUUAUUUUUGUGCACGCUUGCCUGCUCAAUGUAUUUAUUAUGGCUUGUUUAUAGAUCUGGCUUGCCAUUGGUCCUUUCUGUUGCAGCUGGGGCUUCGUCUGCUGUUCAGAUGCUUCGCAGUUCAAAUGCUAUGAGUGGCCAAUCUGUAGAAGGAAUGCCUGAGUUAUCUGAGGCAGACAUGUUCAUUUUUCUUGGCGACUUUAAUUACCGGCUUGAUGGAAUAUCUUAUGAUGAAGCAAGGGAUUUUGUUUCCCAAAGAUGCUUUGAUUGGCUUAGAGAAAGGGAUCAACUCCGAGCAGAAAUGGAAGCUGGGAAUGUCUUCCAGGGAAUGAGAGAAGCUGAUAUUAGAUUUCCUCCCACGUACAAGUUUGAAAGACACCAAAAUGGUUUAGCAGGGUACGAUUCUGGUGAAAAGAAGCGCAUUCCUGCCUGGUGUGACAGAAUUUUAUACCGUGAUAGCCGCUCAACUUUGGGAUCUGAAUGCAGUUUAGACUGUCCUGCUGUCUCUUCAAUUCUACAGUAUGAGGCUUGCAUGGAUGUAACGGACAGUGAUCACAAGCCAGUCCGUUGCAUAUUCAGUGUUGAUGUUGCUCGAGUUGAUGAGUCAGUAAGGAGACAAGAGCUUGGUGAGAUAAUGGAGUUGAAUGAGAAAAUUAAAUUCAUUCUUGAAGAUUUAUGCCAGAUUCCGGAAACUAUUGUCAGUACAAACAACAUUAUCAUUCAAAACCAGGACACUUCCAUUCUGCGUGUAACAAAUAAAUGCGGGGAAAAUGAUGCUUUCUACGAAAUAAUAUGUGAAGGUCAGUCCACCGUAAAGGAGGAUGGACAAGCAUCAGAUCGUUAUCCAAGAGGGUCGUUUGGCUUUCCUAGAUGGCUUGAGGUCAUACCAGCAACAGGCGUUAUCAAACCAGAUCAUACAGUGGAAUUGUCAGUUCACCAUGAGGACUUCCAGACCCUUGAAGAGUUUGUUGAUGGAGUGCCACAAAAUUGGUGGUGCGAAGACAUGAGAGACCAGGAAAUUAUUCUGAUAGUUAAGGUUCGUGGCAGAUACUCACCUGACACAAAAAAUCAUCGUGUCCGUGUGUGCCACUGUUAUUCAGCAAAGACGAAAAAGGUUGAUGAUAAACCUAAUGAAUCUGGACAAGUUCAAGGAAAUGUCCUUCCCCGGUCUGACUACCAACGUCUUAGCAGUUCCUUCGAAUUUGUUGAUCAGAUGCGAAAUUUGCAUAGUCUUUAGAAGCAACAAUGACAUUUAUCUGCACAAGAUUGCCUGCAACUGUUGAUUACUCUAUUAUGAAUAUUAGCAUGCUUUACUGAAGCGAUUGACUCCAUGUCAACGAGUAUCGUCAUUGUACAUAGCGAGGAUUUGGGUUGCGUCUUACGCCUUUCAGAUGUUUCAUUCAGCCUUCCUGGUGCCAAUUUUUGAACGUCUAUCGAUUCUUCAGCUAAGUAUGAGCCGUUCUUGUAGUAAUUUCUUGGGAUUGAAUCGGACUCGGAUGCGCAAAUGUACAGAAAUAGCAAACACAUCAAGCAGCUGGGAGGUGUGAAUUUUGUUUUUUUCUUCAAAUUUUCAAAUCCUAAUUGUUGGAGUAAAUUAUACGAUUAACAGAGUAAAGAAGAAAAAUAUGUAAAAAGAACACUUAAAAGUUCUGUGCUUGUGUUUAUGUUGUUGUUAGUUAUUACUGUUAUAAUACUGUAAUCUUGGGUUUGUUAAAUGAAAUU